AUGGCCUAUCGCCUCGCCGCCAAGCGGCCCCAGCUGAUGGAGGACUUUGACGAGCCCGAGCUGGCGCAGCUGGGGGCCACCUACGCGCCUCCCCUCGCCGCAUGGCCGUCGCGCCGCGCAACCGUGCCGGCGCCGCCGGCGCCAGCGCCGUGGCAGCAGCGGCGGCAACAGCAGCCACCGCGGCGCCCCGUGCCUGAUGUGAUGGAGAUUUUGGGGGGCCUCGGAGACGGCCUGACAGCAUCAGACUGCGAAGAUGAGGCGGUGCAUCACGGGUCUGAGGCGGAUGAUGAGGAGGGCGCCGCCAGUGGCGAGCUUGGCGAGGGCGAAGACGACGAGGAAGCGGGGCGCAAAGGGUCGCAGCGCAGCGGCAGCGGCGCAGGCAGCGACAGAGAGGCGGGCUCUGGCGCCUGCAGCGGGAGCGAAGAGGAGGAUGGCGGUGCCCUGGAGGACGUCGACCUAGAUGAGAUGGUGGAGGCUGACUUUGGUCUGGACAGGUCCUCUGUCCUGGCGCGCAUUGAGGGGUUCAUCAGCGACGCCGUCGCCGCCGUCGCCCAUGGGCAGCUGCCCGAGCUGCAGCUGGUGUCGACCGCGGCAGGGAACACCCACAUGGUUGCAGACGGCGGCGGAGGUGGCGGCGACGGCGGCGGGGAUGCAGGGUUUGAUGAGGAUCUGGGGCCUGCGGGAUCAGACAGCAGGGGCGCAGCCGCGCCCGCGCAGCCGUCUGCCGUCGACUAUAUGAGGUUGGAGGACGAGGGGGAUGAGGACGGCGGCGGGGGCAGCGGCGAAGAGGGGGCAGACGGGCGGCAGCAGCGGGAGCGGCGGCGGCGGCGGCGGCGGGCGCAUGGCGCGUCGGGUCGGCUGCGGCUAGGGUCGCUGACGCAGGUCAAGAGCAUCACGCAUGGCCAGGGCCGUCAGGCCCACGGCGUCGCGCGAGUGUUUCAAAUCCUGGCGGUGGUCCACGAGCUGCUGCGGUCGGGGCGGCAGGCCACGCAGCGCGACAUCUACUACAAGCUCCUGGGACCCCCGCUCUUUCCCAGCGCCACCGCGGUCUCCGGCGCGAUCCAAGACGUGGUGGCGCUGCUGCGCGUGCCGCGCAGCGCCCUGGGCAUUGCCUGCUCCCCACGCGGCGCGGUGGCGGGGCGGGUGGCGCUGCGGGACGGCCCGGGGGGCGCGUGGGUGGACUGCGGGGCGCUUGGGAUGGCGGGGCACGCAAUACCUGGGGAGCUGGCGGCAGUGGAGAGGCUGAGCUUCAGGGUGAGUGCGCGCUACAUCCUGGUGGUGGAGAAGGACUGCAUAUUCCAGCGCCUCACAGAGGACCGCCUGCACGAGCGGCUGCCGAUCGUGCUGGUCACCGCCAAGGGGCAGCCAGACCUGGCAACGCGCGCAUUCCUCAGCAGGCGCGAGGGUUUAAUGGCAGCAGCGGCACCGUCGCUACCCAUUCUGGGGCUGGUAGAUUGGAACCCCUCCGGCGCCUGCAUCCUGGCAACUUACAAGUUCGGCAACGCCCGUAUGGGCCUGGAGGGGACCAGGUACGCGGUGCCACGACUACAGUGGCUGGGCGUCCGGGGCGGCAUGCUGGACGGCGUCCCGCGCUCGGCCUUCCACGCGCUGACUGGGCGCGACACGGCGCUGCUGGGGGGGCUGCGGCGGCGGCUGGCGGGGCACACAGGCUGGCUGGCUGAGCUGGAUGACAUGGAGGAACGGGGGCUCAAAUGUGACAUCGAGGCGCUGUACACCGUGGGCGGCUUUGAGGGCCUGCACCGCCAGCUGGUGCGCCGCAUCCUGCAGCAGCAGUAUGUGUGA